AUCAGUGUGUUUAUGACCCACCUGUCAAACUACGGCAAUGACCGUCUGGGUCUAUACACAUUCCUCCACCUGGCUGACUUCCUCUCUACCUGGACACACCUCCAGCUAGACACUCUACCUCCUCUGCAGCUGGCCCAGAGAUACUUCACUCUGUUCCCGCAGCAGAGACAGCCUCUCUGGCAGAACCCAUGUGAUGACAAGAGGCACAGAGACAUCUGGUCCAAGGAGAAGACCUGUGAUAGGCUGCCCAAGGCUCUUGUUAUCGGACCACAGAAGACAGGAACAACAGAGCUCUGCCUCUUCCUCCUGAUGCAUCCUUCCAUCUCUAGCAGCUUCCCCAGCAACAAGACGUAUGGAGAGAUCCAGUUCUUCAACACCAACAACUACCACCAGGGAAUAGACUGGUAUAUGGAGUUGUUCCCGCUCCCGUCUAACGUCACCAGUGACUUCCUGUUUGAGAAGAGCUCCGCCUACUUCCCCUCUGAAGACGCUCCUCGCCGUGCUGCCGCCCUGCUGCCUAAAGCCAAGAUACUGACCGUGCUGAUCAACCCCUCAGACAGGGCUUAUAGCUGGUACCAGCACCAGAAGGCUCAUGAGGAACGCACCGGGUCGAUGCUCUCCUUCUAUGAUGUCAUUAGCGCUCAACGUGGGGCGCCGUCCAACAUCCGAUCACUACAGAACCUCUGUCUCACCCCGGGACUCUACAAUACACACCUAGAGAGAUGGCUAACACACUACCCUGUUGACCAGCUGAUGGUUAUAGAUGGACAGCAGUUGAGGAGAGAUCCAGCUGCAGUGAUGGAGGAGGUCCAGAAGGUCCUGGGAAUUACUCACUACAACUACACACAGACUCUACGGUUUGACCAGCAGACGGGUUUGUGGUGUCAGCUUUUAGAUGGGGGAAGACUAAGUGUUUGUGGAGUAAAGGAUUGGAGUAUCCUCCUAUGGAACCAGAGGCACGGUCCUACCUGUCCAGGUAAAUGGAAUUGGAACAUGGCAGACCCUGGAGCUAACACCACCACCACGACCAGACACCACCACUGCGACCAGACACCACCACCACGACCACCACCACCACCACAACCAGACACCAGCACCACGACCAGACACCACCACCACGACCACCACCACCACCACCACGACCAGACACCUCCACCACGACCAGAUAACACCACCACGACCAGACACCACGACCAGACACCACCACCACCACGACCAGACACCACCACCACGACCAGACACCACCACCACGACCAGACACCACCACCACGACCACCACGACCACCACGACCACCACGACCAGACACCACCACCACGACCAGACACCACCACCACGACCAGACACCACCACCACGACCAGACACCACCCCCUCUAUACUCCUGGUCUGA